AUGACAGACUUUGGAGAUAUUAUCAAUGCUAUAGGAGAUUUGGGGCCAUUUCAAAAAUGGCUGGUGCUGAUGCUCAGCCUUGCAAACUUUCUAACGGCUUUUCCCAUGUUUGGCCAACUGUUCAUGGUUCUGGAUGUGCCUCAUCACUGUAAGACAAGCUGGAUCUAUGCCAUUAGCCCAAACCUGACUGAGGAACAGCAGCUGAACCUAACUAUCCCUAGGAACACACAGGGAUCGUAUGAAGAAUGCCUUAUGUACACUCCUGUGAACUGGGAUAUUGACUCCGUCAUAGAAUACGGCCUUAAUGUCACUAAGACGUGCCAGGAGGGGUGGGUCUAUUCUUCAGAACAAAACCCAACGUUGGUGACUCAGUUUGACCUGGUAUGUGACCGAAAAGAGCUAAAUGACAUCUCCCAAUCCAUUUACAUGCUGGGACUUCUCCUUGGAGCUGUGGUCUUUGGUUCCUUAAGUGACAGGAUUGGGCGGCGUCCCAUCAUUUUGCUUUCCAUGCUUAUAAUGGGGGCGUUUGGUGUUGGAGCAGCUUUUGCGCCAAAUUUCUAUGUCUACAUCGUCUUGAGAUGUCUUGUGGGUGCUGCUGUAUCUGGAAUCUUUAUAGGCAUCCUGGCUUUAGGUACUGAAUGGGUUGGAGUCCCCUACCGGUCACAUGCAGUAAUGGUUACCCACUGCUGCUUUUCCAUUGGACAGAUGGUGUUGGCUGGCUUAGCUUAUGGCGUUCACAACUGGAGGUUGCUGCAGAUUGCUGGAUCUGCCCCUGUAUUUUGUCUUUUCUUUUACAUAUGGGUCCUUCCAGAAUCUGCUCGGUGGCUCAUGACAAAAGAGAAGGUAAAGGAAGCCAAAAAACUACUUCAAAAGGCAGCAUCUGUGAAUAGACGGACCAUCUCUCCAGAACUGCUUGAUCAGCUGACGCCUGAGAAGAAGGUUAAGUCUGGAAAUAUUCUGGAUCUUUUCCUGAAGAAGCGCCUGAGGAACGUGACUUUAGUUAUGGCUUAUGUCUGGUUUGUGAACAGCCUGGUGUACUAUGGCCUGAGCCUUAACGUGGGGAGUUUUGGCUUGGACAUUUACCUGACGCAGCUUGUGUUCGGGGCUGUUGAAAUACCAGCUCGCUUCGGCUGCAUCUUCCUGCUGCAGUGGUUUGGGAGGAAGAAAUGCCAGGGCGUCUUUCUGCUGCUGGGCGGAGCCAUGUGUCUCAUCAUCACCCGCAUCCCCAAAGAUUUGCCGGUGGUGGUCACGACGCUGGCAGUGAUAGGGAAGUUUGCCAUCGCGGCCUCUUUUUCUAUCUCCUACGUGUAUUCUGCAGAGCUGUUCCCCACCAUCAUCAGGCAGACUGGUGUGGGGUUGUGUUCAAUGUCAUCCAGAGUGGGUGGCAUCAUCUCCCCUCUGAUUAGUCUCUUGGACAAGUACCAUCCCGCUAUUCCCAUGGCGAUAUUUGGAAGCACUCCAGUGACUGCAGGAAUCCUCUGCUUCUUGCUUCCAGAGACACGUGGCAAAGAGCUUCAGGAUCACACGGAGGAAGCUAAGGAGAGCCAGUGAGGGGGAUGCAAUAUGCAUCAGCAACUGCUAUGGAGACUAAAGCAACUCCUGUGUCAGGAAGCAGGGGCAGCAGCCUGGUCAAGUGGGAUGUGAGCAUGAGGCUUCCUGUUACUGAGCAGAGCACUGUCUUCUGAUGCUGGUAAGAGGGGUUGAGAAGGUGGAGGGGGAGCUGUAAUUUUGUUCAGGGAAAGAAGAAGGGGCUGGGAGGAGCGGAAAAAGUAUAUGUGCUCUCAGUGGUUCAAGGUCAGGCAGGCUCACUCAUCAGCCACGGGGCAAGUGGGAUUUGUUCCUGCAGAGUGCUUGGGACGAGUGGAAUAGGAGCCGGGCUAUGGGCUUGUCUACAUGUGGAAAUUGACCGGAAUAGCUAUUUCAGAAAGGCUCCUUGUGUAGAGACUCUGUUCCAGAAUAGCAUACAGGUCUGUCGCAUCUUACGCGCAUUUAACAUGCGCGAUUUUAACUUUACGUGGUCAGCAAAAACAAAAACA